AUGGCAGCCCAAGGAAUCAGGGAAGAAUAUGACAUUAUUGUUGCAGGAGGCGGCACUGCAGCAUGUGUCCUUGCUGGCAGGCUACAGAUGGCCGACCCGUCUCUCUCAAUCCUCAUCAUCGAGGAAGGCAGAGACAACUACGAAGAUCCAACGGUUCGAACGCCGGCUCUCUUCCUCGCCCACAUGGCGCCCGACUCAACCUCCGCUGUUUUUCUGCCUUCCAAACCCACCGAACAGGUCGCAGGUCGGUCCAUUAUCAUCCCCCGCGCUGCCAUCCUGGGUGGUGCCAGUUCCAUCAAUUUCAUGAUGUACUGUCGAGCCCAAGCAGUCGACUUCGACGAGUGGAAGACGGAGGGUUGGACUCGUAAGGAAAUGAUCCCGCUUUUGAAGAGGUUGGAGACCUAUCACACUCGCGUCACAAAGUUUGACGAAAGUGUUCAUGGCACAUCUGGGCCGAUCAAUGUAUCACUAGGUUCCUGGCCCAAGUCUGCGUACUCUUGUCAGUUCCUUCGGGCCGCUGCUCGCUGUGGUAUGCCUUUGAGGGAUGAUCUACAAGACCUGGAAACUGCGACUGGUUUCGAGCGGAUGCACAAAUUUAUCUCCCCGCAGGGAGUGCGACAAGACGCCGCCCAUACUUAUCUCCAUCCCUUGCUCCAUGACGGCGCUCAUCCAAACCUCAAAGUACUCCUACAUACCAAAGUCAGUCGCAUCCUAUUCGAUGACCAGAACCGAGCGACGGGUGUUGAGUACGUCGCCACAGCGCCACCGAGUUCUGGAAGCCCUCCAACCCCCGAGCAGGGAGUUGUCCGAGCCAGCAAGCUUGUCGUUAUAUGUGCAGGCGCUCUAGCCUCCCCUGCAAUCCUGGAGCGGUCAGGUAUUGGUGGACGAGACCACCUCGAGAAGCUUGGGAUCCCAGUCGUGAGUGAGCUGCCAGGCGUGGGUGAGCGAUACCAAGACCACCCAUUCAUACAUUACGCGUACAAGGCUUCGCUUCCUGAACACGAGACUCUGGACUGGUUUUUGCGUAACCCUGCAAGGGUUCCAGAGCUAAUGGCCCAAAGGAAUCUUGUUCUUGGGACCAAUGGCCUGGAAAUCUUUGGCCGAUGGCGGCCACAAGUUUCGGAGGUUGAGAAAAUUGGCAAUCCAGCCAUGAUCAAGCUCUGGCAGGAGGAAUUCGUGCCGCAUCCUUCAAAACCAUUGAUGCUCACUGGUUCUUUUGCUGGCUACCUUGGUCCUCCUACCGAUGUGCCACCCGGGCAGUAUUUUACGAUAGGCAACUAUAUCCCCUAUCCACGCUCUCGGGGCUCUGUCCACAUCACAGGAAGAGACGCCAAUGCACCGCUAGAAAUCAGCACUGGUUUCUUCGAAGGUCCGGGGGAAAUCGACUUGGACGUGCAUGUAUGGGCAUACAAACGAACCAGGGAGGUCGCUCGCCGCCUGGAUUGUUACCGUGGAGAGGCCCCGGUCGGACACCCGACUUUUCCCCCAUCCUCAAAGGCCGCUUUGGCAACUCUCGACAACAGUGCAGCAGAAGAGGCAGGUAAGCACGGCAAGCCGCUGGCAGACCUGGAAUAUUCGGCAGAGGAUGAUGAAGCGAUCAAGACCUGCAUCAGAGAGCGCAUUGCGACUGCGUGGCAUUAUCUGGGUUCUGCACCGAUGCGUCCCCGUGAGGAAGGAGGAGUUGUAGACAAAGAUUUGAAUGUGUACGGUGUCAGCAAGCUGAAGGUUGCAGCUGUGAACACCUCUCUACUUCUCAAAGUGUUCCGAUACCUGCUCGCCAUCAUAGGUCGACGACGUCGAGAGCGCCAUUCCCAUCCACGUGCGGGGCGCGGAACCAUCUUCGAUAUGGGUAAUGAAUCUUCCACCCCCGUUGACGAGGCCACGCCUCCCACCACGCUCUAUGCCCGGAACAUAGAAGCAGUGGCUCAAUACAUCAAAGAUAAGGAUAUCAAGAAUAUUGUAGUCAUGACUGGCGCAGGAAUCAGCACCUCGGCCGGAAUACCUGAUUUCCGCUCUCCUGACACCGGGCUGUAUGCCAAUCUUGCUCGCCUGAAUCUCCCAUACGCUGAAGCCGUCUUCGACAUCUCAUAUUUUCGAAACAACCCAUACCCAUUCUACACUCUCGCGCACGAACUGUAUCCAGGCAAAUACCGACCAACGGUGACCCACUCAUUCAUCAGCUUGCUUCACAAGAAGGGCCGACUGCUCAAGUUGUUCACUCAAAACAUCGAUUGCCUCGAGCGCGAAGCAGGAGUUCCCGGGGACAAGAUUGUGGAAGCACACGGUUCUUUUGCCACGCAGAGAUGUAUCGAAUGCAAGACGGAGUAUCCCGGUGACCGGAUGAAAGAGAUGGUUCAGAAGAUGGAGGUGCCACGCUGCAUUAGGAAGACGUGCUCUGGACUGGUAAAGCCGGAUAUCGUCUUCUUCGGCGAGGCUCUUCCAGAGUCAUUCCAUCGCAAUCGGAGCCUACCCGCCAAGGCAGAUUUAGCCAUUAUCAUGGGGACCAGUUUGACAGUUCAGCCGUUCGCCAGCCUGCCGUCGUUCGUCAGAGAAGAGACUCCGCGCGUGCUCAUCAAUUUGGAGAGAGUGGGAUCCAUCGGUUCAAGGCCGAACGACGUGCUGCUGUUAGGUGACUGCGAUGAGGGUGUCCGCAGAUUUGCAGAUGCUCUCGGCUGGCGCGAGGAGUUAGAAGAGCUAUGGGCCAGCACCAACCCGGAAGGGAACGUGAAGGAGGCGCAGGAAGUGCCUCCAAAAUCCAAGUGGGAGACACUGGAUGAUGAGAUUGAGAAAUUGACAAAGGAUAUUGAUGCCACACUCAAGGUCACCGCCGAGUCCAAUGAGAGGAUCAGGGCAGAACUGGAAAAGAGCAAUUCACAAAAGCCGCCGCCAUCUGCUGGUCCCUCGUCCGACACGCCAACAGCGCCCACGACGUCUUCCAACUCUGGGCUAAGUCACGUUUACCCUCACCUGAAAGCGGACAAACCUGAGAAACCUUCUCUCUAG